UUUCUCCAUCAGCUGCUAACAUUGCCCAAUUCACAGGCAGCAGCAGCUUGGGAUGCACCAGCCCUGUUCUGGAUGAGCAGAGUUUACCUCCAGUGCUCCUCCAGUUCCUAUCAAAUUCCCAGACUUUCUUCAAAUUCCCAGAUCUUCCCCCUGCUCAGGCUAUCUCCACAAACUAUCCCAGUGGGAUCAGAUUACCAAAAUGGUCCAAAAUUGAAGUGAUGGCCAGGAAAACAAAUUAAUGGGAAGACCCAACUUUUAGGUCAGCGUGCACAAGAGUAAAUGGGAAACACAGUGUCCAAGCCUACAGCUACUCAGACCCUUAGGGAGAGGGAUGUGGUAGUUGGACUUCAUUUCCAGAGAGACUGCAGCAAGCCAACUAGGACUCAGAGCAGCUGGAGCCAACAAUGAGGAACCCAUCAGGCUUCCUCCUUUGCUUCCUGCUGCUCCUGGCUCCCCACUGCCCAGAGGUGGCCACCCAGGAGGUCCAGCCUGAUCCCAAACAGCCAUGUGCCAACUGGAUGGGAGGAGCACCUGGAUACCCUGGCCACAACGGGCUCCCUGGCAGGGAUGGAAAAGAUGGAAAAGACGGAUUAAAGGGAGAGAAAGGAGAGCAAGGUAUUCAAGGUCCCAAAGGGGACGAAGGCCCGGUAGGAAUCCCAGGAGCCAGAGGAUUCCCUGGAAGCCCAGGGCUCAUGGGGCAGAAGGGUGACAGUGCCUACAUCUACCGCUCAGCCUUCAGCGUGGGGCUGAGGGACCGAGCCCCCCACCCCAACGUCCCCAUCCUCUUCACCAAAAUCUACUACAACGAGCAGGGCCACUACGAUGCCAGCACUGGCAAGUUCCUCUGUAACAUCCCUGGCACCUACUACUUCGCCUACCACCUGACAGUCUACCUGUCAGACGUCAAGGUCAGCCUCUACAAGAAGGACAAGGCUGUCAUCUUCACCUACGACCAGUACCAGCAGAACAACGUGGACCAAGCCAGUGGCUCCGUCCUGCUGCACCUCAGCAGUGGGGAUGAGGUCUGGCUCCAGGUGUAUGGGGAGGGGGAGAACAACGGGGUCUAUGCUGACAACAUCAAUGAUUCCACUUUCAUGGGCUUCCUCUUGUACCCAGACACCAGUGUUCAUUAAAACAGGGGGGCUGAGUGGAAAGCUCACCAGUGGCUUCGCCCCAAAGAGCGCCCUGGGGCACUGGCGCUGCAGCUAUGCUCUAUUUACCCAAAAAAUUGCCUUUGGAGGGGAAAACGGGUACCAAGGGUGGAACCUCCCUCCUGAGAAAUCAGGGAGGUUACACAGGAAUGGCUUCCACAGGACCAGGAGUUCUCUCCCACCUCUGCUCUUGCUCUCCUUGUGGGCCCAAAGUCAAACACUGCCACAUCAUGGAAGAGUAACUCGAGACAGCCUAAGUUUUUUUUUUAAAUUUCAAAGCAAUAAGAAAAAUAAGUUACAUUUAAAUAUCUCAUAUAAAUUUUCCCCUUUUUAACCACUGAAAUUGUUUUAAACCAACACUACACAUUUCAAGCCAGCAUUUUAAAAUGUAAGGAGAGGGAGAAGACUGUUCCCAAAAGCCAGGUCUGCUCUUCUUUUCAGCUGGAAGAGGGGGCUCCAUUUUUUCCAUUGUAAUUCCUUGUCUCAUUAAGGCCUUGGAUUUCCACCCAUGGUUUGUUGUCUCCCUUCUUUAGCCCAGAUUUUUAAAUAUAUUCAGAUUAUUAACUUGCAUUGAAUUUUUUUUACUUUCAUUUUCCUUUUAUGUUUAUCCCCUAUCAUUAUCUCUAACAUAGGCAGUAUACUUGGUUAGGGCAAGGAUCUUCACUCUCAAUUUAUCUGAAAAAUUUUAUGAGGCCACACAACAGAAGUGCCCCACUGACCCUGUCACAUUGGGGUCCCCAAAGUGACCACGAACUUGUUGGCCAGGGAGUUGUGAUGCUCAGAAACACCAACAGCUCCCAUGUCAACACUAAAUCCUCCUGGGCACUGGAGACCCCAACGUGGAUGUGUCCCCUCCCAAAUCCCUCACCUGGUGAUGGCACAAAUCCCUGCUCAGGGCAGAGGAGCAGUGUCUGAGAGUUUCCACCUGCAAGCUGGCAGGAUCCUGUCCCAUCUCUGAAUAGCUCCCAAGUGCAGUUAGGAGGAGAGAUCCAGAAUCCCUGUUUCUCCUUUUCUAAGAGUGCCAUAAGCAAGGGGAGAGCUUCAGGUAGUGCUGGGAUGAAGACUCCCAGGACCUGCCCCAGCUCUCAUCAGUUUUCUUCCUGAGGGAAGGAUACUAAGGAUCAGUAGCAAUGCCACCAAACUCCUCUCCAUGGAACCUGCUUGACUUGUAGGUAAAAGAGGAUCUGAUGGUUUCUCAGCUCCAUUCAAAGAUUCCCAAGCCAGCACAGCUCAGAGCUAAAGCAUCGUUGCAAGCACAGAACAGUACUAAGAGCUUCAGCUGAGGUUACUCUCAAGGGCAGCAUUUUCUACACUCCAGCCAAGCACCACAUUACAAAUAAUAUCAAUAAUAAAAAAAAACCUCUCAGUGA